UUUGGCUGUCAUUCUGUUCAUGACCACGCGACGGGUGUAAAUAUAAACAGCUAUCCGUGAUCGAAAUCGGCGCACCGUUAUCGGACAAAUAACCGCCACAAUGUUGACGAAUCGAGUGUUUAUGAAGAAAACUAGAAAAGGCGGUAUAAUAAAAGUGGUCCGCGAACAUUACCUCCGCGAUGACAUUUCCUGCGGCAUCGCCUCGUGUGGAUUGUGCACCGUAUCGGUCGACGGGACGCGCCUCGAUGCGGCUCCGGAGAGUAUCAGCACCGCGUACACCUAUCCUCACUAUCUGAUGCUCGAUACGAACAUCGUUCUGUACCAGAUUGAUUUUCUCGAGUCCGAUGUGAUCCGAAAUGUGAUCGUGUUGAGCACGGUUCUGGACGAGGUGCGCCACCGUAGUCCGGCGAUUUUCAAGCGGCUGAAAAAGAUUCUGGCUGAUCCGGAGAAGAAAUUCUUCACAUUUGUGAAUGAACACCACAAGGAUACGUACCUUAGCAAGGAUGUGGGCGAAUCGGCCAACGAUAGGAACGAUAGAAUGAUUCGGAGGGCCGCCUUUUGGUACGAGAAACAUAUCAAGGAGGACGGAGGGAAGCUGCGGAUUGUUAUUCUGACGGAUGACGCGGAAAAUCGGAAUCGGGCGCGGCAGCAGAAACUAUCCGUUUCGUCGGUGGCGGAUUAUGUGAGUUCGUUGAGCGGUUUCCCCGAGUUGAAGGAUAAAGUUUUUAACACCGAGCAAUGGCAGGACGAGUCGAAGAUUAUCUUCAGUGCGCACUUGACGGCUUCGCAGAUUCACGAGGGCAUUAAGAGGGGUGAGUUGCUGCAGGGAAGUUUCUUCGCAUCCAGAGAUAAUUAUCUCGAGGGUAAUGUGCGUGUCGAAAGCAUUGAAGAGCCGGUUCUGAUUCAGGGAAGAUUGAAUCUGAACAGAGCGGUUGAUGGAGACGUGGUUGCGAUUAAAAUGCUGCCGAAAAGUGAGUGGAAAUGUCCUAGCAAAGUUGUGCUGGUCGAUGAACAGAAUGUAGAUGACGCGAUGGAGACACCGGAUCCGGAAUUUGACGAAGAAGUUGGAGAGGAUGCUACACCGACCGCAGCCGUUGUUGGAAUUAUCAAGCGGAAGUGGCGACAGUAUUGUGGAAUUUUGGCCGCGAAUCCACUGACGCAGUCCACGCGACAUCUGUUCAUUCCAUCGGAUAGAAAUGUGCCGAGAAUUCGGAUAGAAACCCGACAAUCGGAACACCUUGCUACGCAAAAGAUUGUCGUAGCGAUUGACUAUUGGCCUAGACACUCCAAGUAUCCGAUUGGACAUUUUGUCCGCGCACUGGGUGGAAUAGGAGAGAAGGACACGGAAAAUGAGGUCAUACUGGUGGAACACGAUGUGCCGCAUGGGAGCUUUUCGGCGGAAAUCCAAAGCCAACUUCCGAAGCUUCCUUGGAGCGUGGAUGCUGUUGAGUACAAGAAACGUGUAGAUUUGCGAGACAUUACGAUAUGUUCGGUUGAUCCCCCCGGGUGCACGGAUAUUGACGAUGCACUUCACGCAAGGACGCUUGAGAAUGGAAACAUAGAAGUGGGUGUGCACAUUGCAGAUGUCACGCACUUCAUAAAACCGGGAACGGCACUUGACAAAGAGGCUGCACUCAGAGCGACUACGGUUUAUCUGGUGGAUAAGCGAAUCGACAUGGUCCCGGAUGUUCUCAGUUCCAAUCUGUGCUCUUUGCGAGGAGGUGAAGAACGACUUGCCUUCUCCUGCGUGUGGGAGCUGGACGACAAUGCAAACAUCUUGAAAACACGAUUCCAUAAGUCAAUUAUCCAAUCGAAAGCUGCCCUGACAUACCAAGAGGCUCAGCUCAUCAUUGACGAUCCUUCCCAGACCAAUCAAACGGCAAAGUCUCUCCGGUUGCUGAACAAAUUGGCUAAACUUCUGAAGCAGCGCAGGAUUGAGAACGGAGCAUUGGUUCUGGCGUCUCCGGAAAUAAGAUUUAAUAUUGAUAGCGAAACACAUGAUCCCAUUGAUGUUGUAGCGAAGAAAAUGUUGGAGACAAAUUCAAUGGUGGAGGAGUUCAUGUUGCUCGCUAACGUAUCGGUGGCGAAAAAGAUAGAGGAAGAGUUUCCCGAAUGCGCCCUGCUUCGACGUCAUCCCUGUCCUCCGGAUGCAAAUUUUGAGCCGCUGAAAAAAGCCGCUACCUAUCAAGGGUUUGAAAUCAUCACCACCAGUGGCAAGCAAUUGGCCACCAGCUUAGACUUGGCGGUCAAAACGGAUAACCCUUACUUCAAUACGCUGCUAAGAAUUCUGACUACACGCUGUAUGAUGCAAGCUGUGUACUUUAUCAGUGGAACGAUCCAACAGCAGGAAUACUUCCACUAUGGUUUGGCUUCUCCAAUAUACACGCAUUUCACCUCUCCGAUCCGACGGUACGCGGAUGUGAUCGUGCAUCGCCUGCUGGCCGCUUGCAUAGGCGCAGACAGCACCUAUCCGGCUCUGCUGGACAAACAAAGCAGUUCGCAGCUGUGCAACAAUCUCAACUACCGGAACCGGAUGGCCCAGUAUGCGGGCCGAGCGUCGGUCGCACUGCACACGCAUCUGUUCUUCCGCGACAAAACCGAAGAUGAGGAGGGCUACGUGCUGUUCGUCAAGAAGAACGCUCUGCAGGUGAUCAUUCCCAAGUACGGACUGGAGGGAACCAUCUACGUGUCGGGGAAAAACAACGAGACGCUCAAAGACGGACCCACCUUUGUGUACAGCGAGGAAACCCAAACCCAAACCUGUGGCGAGGUGGAGUUCCACGCGUUCGAUCGGAUCGUGGUGCGGUUGAGUUUGGACUCGACCAACGUCCAACAUCAGCGGCUGGUGUUCGAACUGGUCAAGCCGUACAUCGCAGGGUUUAGCGUUUCGGCGCUGGAGACUAACAGUGAAACGGCAACAACGAAGCGGAAGAGUGUCGGCGCCGAUGGGGAGGAGAAAGCUGCCAAGAAAAAUAAGAAAGCCGCCAAAGGAAAGAAAAAGUGAAUUAAUGAGCAAAAAAUUCCGUUUAAAAA